UUUACCUGGCAUCUCUGUUGCUCAGCGUGUUUUUCAGGUGACGAUUACGAUUCUUGAGCACACCGGUAGUUUUGUAUAUUAAUAAUUAAUAUUCCGAGAUCGAUUUGGAAAGUAUUCCCUUCCGGGAAGUGAACGGCAACGACACGAUGUCUUUGAAAAUCACAGGCAAAUCCGAAGGACAGCUUCAGAUACAUCUGAUCACUAAACAAAAACAAUUUGCUGUUCCCGACGUUCCGUACUCGAUCCGAGCGAAUGUGAAUAACAAAGAAUUAAAUGUGUUGAUCAAUACGUUAUUGAAAGAUUCUAACAAUGCGGAAGCAGGUAAAGUAGAAUUUGACUUUCUACUGAACGGAGAGUUUGUUAGGAUUCCUCUUGGGCAACAUUUGAAGGAACGAGAAAUUUCGUUCGAAGACACAAUUGAAUUAGAAUAUGUGGAGCGUUAUCCUGCUCCCGAGCCUCAAGAUUGUUUACUACACGAUGAUUGGGUUUCAGCAGUUGAAGCGAGAGAUAACUGGAUUUUAACAGGGUGCUACGACAACACCUUGAAUAUAUGGACUGCAAAAGGCAAGCAUAAGUUAACUAUUCCGGGUCACAUUGCUCCCGUUAAGGGAGUAACAUGGAUUUCCUUGGAUGAAGAAAGGGGAGUGUUUGCGAGUGCUUCACAAGACCAGAUGGUCAUGUUAUGGGAGUGGAAUGUGGCUGCCAAUUCGGUAGAAUGUGUGCAAGUUUGCAAGGGUCACGAACGAGGGGUGGAUUGUAUAGCAGCCAAUCAAAGUAAAACAAAGAUGGCAACAGGAAGUUGGGAUACAAUGCUGAAAGUUUGGUCCACGGAUGUACGAGAAGAUGCUGAUACGCAACCAUCUACAAGCAAAAGACAGAAGUUGGACCAAGGAAAUGCAAGAACACCGCUGCUUACUUUGGCUGGUCAUCGCGAGUGUGUAUCUGGCGUACAAUGGAUCGACGAUAGCACCAUUGUAACUUCUUCAUGGGACCACACGAUCAAAAUUUGGGAUCUUGCUCUGAGCGGGGUGAAAUCGGAAAUUUCUGGUCAAAAAUCAUUUUUCGAUCUAAGUUAUUCGAAGCUGAAUGGUUUGAUUAUUGCUGCUUCACCAGAUAAAAACUUGCGGCUGUAUGACCCGAAGUCUAAUCAGGGAACUAUCGUGAAGAAUACAUACCUUGGUCACACACAAUGGGUUCAAUCAGUCUGCUGGAGCACGACCAAUGAAUACUUGUUUGUAUCGGGUGCAUAUGACAAUCACGUUAAACUUUGGGAUUACCGAAGCCCCAAGGCACCAAUUUACGAAUUAAUCGGACAUGAAGAUAAAGUGCUGGCGUGUGAUUGGUCGAAUCCCAAGUUUAUCAUUUCUGGCGGAUCAGACAACUCAGUGAGGAUCUUUGUGUCUAAAAUAUCUAUGCCAGCGGAAAAAUAGUCUUCAGCGUAGGGUAUCUAGCAAUGAAUUUAACGGAAUAUUACAAAUUCCGGAUUGUAUGGUUUUGCAACAAUCAAUGAGAAGAAUUUUGCGAUAUUCUAUUUCAUAUCAUCUUUCCAUUCCUAUCUAUCGCAACAAAAACUGCAAUUAAAAUUGCCCGACUGGAACAACGGAUGAUAUGAACUCUUAAUGCUAGAGCCUUUUAUAUUGAAUAAAAUAUAUUGCUGGAAUAUUUCACAUUCUAUGGAUAAUUUAAA